UUGUUGUGCGAGUCGCCGGUGGCCGGCGAAGUAUAUCAUAAACAACGCUACAGAGCGUCUCGACCGUAAACAUUAUACGACGGACUUAUCAAAGACCAUUCCGAAAAUAGUAGUCGGUCGGUGAUAAUUAUCGGUAGAGGUCAAAUGAUUCAGUUGUUCGCAUUGUGCUCGCAUUGAUCCGAACCUCGGUAGUCUCGCAAACGCGCUCGCUACACGCAGAGCGCAGUUGGCCGUCGUUCAACAUGUUGAAAAUCGCUCUAAUAUUGUCGCUGUGCGCGAUUACAUUCGCCGCAAACAAUGGAUUACAGAGGGUGCCUGUGUAUAAAUGCAAGUCUGCAAAACGCACAUUGCAAGAGGUUGGAACUAAUCUCAAUCAGAUGCGGAUGAGAUUCGGUACUGGUGGACCCGAGCCAGAACCAUUGUCAAACUACAUGGAUGCUCAAUACUAUGGACCCAUCAGUAUUGGUACCCCACCUCAAUCUUUCAAAGUAGUCUUUGACACUGGUUCCUCUAAUCUGUGGGUACCAUCCAAAAAGUGCAGCUGGACAAAUGUUGCUUGUCUGCUUCACAAUAAAUAUGAUGCAACCAAAUCAAGCUCUUACAAGAAGAAUGGCACAGCAUUUGCCAUCCAAUAUGGAUCUGGUAGCUUGAGUGGAUUCUUGUCAACAGAUAUGGUUUCUAUGGGUGGUAUGAAUAUACAAGAUCAAACAUUCGCGGAAGCCACCAAUGAACCCGGAAUGGCUUUUGUCGCUGCUAAAUUUGACGGAAUUUUGGGAAUGGCCUACAGUCGCAUUUCCGUUGAUGGUGUCCCCACUGUGAUUGACAAUAUGCUUGCACAAGGUUUAAUCAAUCAACCCGUGUUUUCCUUCUACCUUAACAGGGAUCCUAAUGCAGCUGCCGGUGGAGAAAUCAUUUUCGGUGGUUCCGAUCCCGAUCACUACAAAGGUGACUUCACUUACUUGACGGUGGAUCGUCAAGCAUACUGGCAAUUCCGUAUGGAUAGCGUGAAUGUAAACGGACAGACAUUCUGUGCUAAUGGUUGUGAGGCUAUCGCUGAUACUGGCACCAGUCUAAUCGCCGGUCCAGUUGAAGAAGUCAACAAAAUCAAUCAAUUAAUCGGUGGAACUGCUGUUGCCGGUGGUGAAUAUUUGGUGGAUUGUUCACUUAUUCCUAAACUGCCAAAGAUUGACUUCAAUCUUGGUGGUAAAACUUUCUCUUUGGAAGGAACUGAUUAUGUUUUGCGCGUUUCUGCAAUGGGUAAGAAUCUCUGUAUUUCUGGAUUCAUGGGUAUGGAUAUUCCCCCUCCAAACGGCCCUCUAUGGAUUCUGGGAGAUGUUUUCAUCGGGCGUUAUUAUACUGAGUUUGAUUUCGGCAAUAAUCGUGUUGGGUUCGCUGAAGCCGCUUAAUUUCUCUUAAAAGUUUGUGUGAUUAUUGUUUUAGACUGCAUUGAUAUUUUUCUAUUUCUUAGAGUAUUGUGAAUUGCACGAGUUAUGUGCUGAGAUGCUAAAAAAUUUGUAAUUAAUAGUUGUUCAGACCAAAAAAUGUUGUAAGUUCUUUGCUAAUACGUAUACUCAAGUAGUUUUUAACCAAAGCAAUGACAGUGAAUAACUUUCUCAGAUUCGUAUAGUGAUGGAGGGACUAUGAACAAUAAAUACAUGUAUUUCAAUUAAA